AUGGCCACUCGUCCCAUCCGCGUCUUGUGUCUCCACGGAUGGCGAACCAACAGUCGCGUCCUCGAGUCUCAAACGUCCGCUCUCCGUCAGGCGUUUGGCUCGAGAGCCGAGUUCACCUUCGUCAACGCGCCUUGGCCCGCUUCCGGCCCCGUCCCGGAGCUCGUGCGUCUCUUUUACGGCCCCAGCGGUCCCUUCUACCAGUGGUGGGACGCCCAGAAGCACUCGGACACUACCAGCAGCAGAUGGACGUACAGCGGUUUCCAGCGCUCUCUCGACCAGUUGACCAGUGAAAUUGACGCUCUGGGCUCGGUGGACGCCGUGCUCGGCUUCUCCCAAGGAGCGGCAAUGGCUACACUCUUGACGGCGCAGUACCUCUCGAAGGCGUCCCGUGGUUCCCUCGUGCCGUGGAAAGUCUGCGUCCUCGUCGCUGGCUUUGAUCCCGAGACGCCCGAGACGCUCGAGCUGCUGCUGGAUGGUGGCGCUUAUUCGUCGGUAGACGGGACUCUGGACAUUCCUUCGGUGCACGUGGUGGGCAGGAGGGACGCGGUGGUGACGGCUCUCAGGUCGAAGAAGCUGGAGCAGCGAUUCACGAGCACUCGACGGAUUCGAUUCGAGCAUGACGGAGGCCACGAGUUUCCCUCGGGUGUCAAGUGCAGACAACUGUACAAGGACAUUGCACAGGAGGUGCUGUCGAUAACGGGUCAAGCGUGGAAGACGCAACAGCUUCGGUGCUCGAAUGUCGACGCAGACUUAACUACGAUGAGCACACAAGUGGCUGAGUCUCCGAAGGCACGCGUGUGCGGCAGCUCUCGGCAAUGGAAGCUGCGAAUGUCUAGUACAACGCUGAGUGUGGAGUUCUACUGCCGACUAUUGAAGACGCUGUUAAGGAGGUCACGACGGUCGCUGGAUCCAGUUAUGCUUCAAGCUGCGGCUAUUCGGAUUGAUGACUCUUGCGCGCUUCGGUUUGUUGACUUCCAGCAGCCACGAUCAGUUAACAGGCGGAUCGAAUACAGCUUGCUGCAAAAGGGACUCGUCCAGGUUCUUUGA